GGAAGUGGAAGCCGUCCUGUUCUUCCACCGACCGACACAACUGACACGCACUCACCGGUCACCACGGCGUCGCUUCCCUGCUCGCUCGGUGCUGGUUUAUGUUGGGCCGCUUGCUCGGUAACGCGUCGCAGAGCUUGUUGAAGCGGGUGUCGCACAUCAUGAAGCCGCAGGUUAUCUUCGUCCUGGGCGGGCCCGGCGCCGGCAAAGGGACGCAGUGCUCCAAAAUAGUGGAGGCCUUCAACUACACUCAUUUGUCAGCUGGAGAUUUGCUGAGGGCAGAGCGAGGUAGAGAAGGGUCUGAGUUUGGACAGCUCAUCGAUAACUAUAUCAAAGAAGGCAAAAUCGUCCCGGUGGAGAUCACCAUCAGCUUACUCAGACAGUCCAUGGCAGAGACGAUGACCAAAGACCAGACAAAGAACUAUUUCUUAAUCGAUGGCUUCCCUCGUAACGAGGACAACCUGCAGGGCUGGAAUCGGGUCAUGGAGGGCAAAGCAGAUGUCAAGUUUGUGCUUUUCUUUGACUGCAGCAACGAGGUUUGCAUCGACAGAUGUUUAGAAAGAGGGAAGAGCAGCGGACGGACAGAUGACAACAGAGAGAGCCUGGAGAAAAGAAUCCAAACCUACCUGAACUCUACGCGACCAAUCAUCGAGCAAUACCAGAAACACGGCAAAGUUCACACCAUCGACGCCUCCCGCUCCAUGGACGAGGUGUUUGCUGAUGUGAAAGCCAUCCUGAUCAAAGAACUUUGAUUUUCUCCCAACUGUCAGCAACAUUCAUUUAUGUUUUUAAGUUUCUUUUUAUCCACUGCGGUUCUACUUUAAUGCAUUUCUAUGUCCUUCCAGAUGAGUUUUUAUGUUUGUUUUCCUUUUGAUUUCCAUGUCUAAACACGACGCUGUUCGUGCGAACACGCCGCGUGAUGGUAGAAGUGAUGGAGUUGGGGGGGGUCGGGGUUCUGGGGGCCACAGGACGGGAGGAUAUGCCCAGCAGCUACUCGCUAUCGACCCGUUCAGCGCCUCUCCUCUCGAGACGCUUAUAAAUUUAUCAGCAGAACAUUUUGAUGCACUUCAUUGAAGAAAUAACAUAUGGGAAUAAAUAUGUAGAUGAAAAUGAAAUUUUUUUUGUAUGAUGUGUUUGAGGAGGAUUCAUAAAGAUGGAAAGUGAAAACAAAACAUUGAGGGGUUUUUUUGUAUAAUUUUGAUUAUGUUACCCACAUAUAGUUUACUGUUUAUAAUAAAAUUUCUAAUUCAUUUAAUUUCUUUUAUUGAGAAUAGCCAACUGAAACCUGAAAUCCCGUUUCAUUAGCCACAUCAGGCCAUGAUACUGUACACAACACAAUGUGUAGACAGCUGUGUUUCCAUUGAGCAUAUUUGUGCAAUUUGGCUUUUUGACAAUUAAUUGGCUCAAUAAAAACAUGAAAAUUUUGAAAAAAAAUAAUUUUUUUUUACCAAAAUGACAGGGGAAAAAAAUUCUCAUCACGAGUCACAUGAUCAACAACCGGAUGUAGCCACUGGUGCAAACCAUAAAGAAGAAAGAUCACGGAAGUAGCUAGAGGGUGAGCGUGAGCAUUUUUUAAAUAACCUAUCGCAAACUUAUUCUGUGUGAUUUUAAUUACUUUUCUAAUUGAAUGGAAGCACCACAAUUACAAAAUUGUGUUUUUUUCUACAUCAAAGUAAUAUUGACAAAGAUUUACACACAUUUUAUCGAAUGCAUUUUCACCUUAUGUACUUCCUGCUGCACGGACAUCAUGCAGUACAAUGUUGGUGUGGAAAGUUCUAGAACUCCAGACGUCCAAGAAGUUUAACACAUUCUAUAUCCAGAGGUUUAAACAGAACAGCUCAACGUACGGAGCAGAAGAUGUUUACUUGAUUAUGUAGAAAAUGUGUUUACAAAAAAAACAAAA